GCCACAGCCCCGCUUUCUGCCGCCCGUUCCGCCGCCAGGAUGAUCCCGCCGGUGCAGGUCUCGCCCCUCAUCAAGUUCACCCGGUACUCGGCGCUGCUGGUGGGGAUGAUCUACGGCAAGAAGCGAUACGACUACCUAAAGCCUAUUGCUGAGGAGGAGAGAAGGAUAGAGGCGGAGGAGAAGAAGAAGCGCGAGGAGCUCGAACGGAUUGCAAAGGAACUGGCAGAAGCAUCUGAAGACUCCAUUUUGAAAUAAACAAAGGAUUGGAUCUUAAUGUUAAAUACAUGGCUAGUCUCUGACUGGUGUAGUGGUUGAUGGUCUUUGCAUGUUACUUUAUCAAUAAAGUACUUAACAACA